AUGUCGACGGCGAAUGAUGCCCUGAGCGACGAAGUGGAGGCGCUUAAUUCUAUAUUCGACAAUGACACCAUAGUGAUCAACGGCGUCUCUGGGUCGGUCGUCAGCGCAACGCUGCGAUUCCCCAAGAGCCCGUUUUCAUUUCGUCUCGCGUUUCCACUCGACUACCCAGAGGCACCGCCUCAGAUUCUUGGAACACAGUCGACGGGAAACACUGCCAGAGGGUCCGGCGAAGCCGCACUACUGAGAUUGAGUGAAGUCUUUGGGAGCACGUAUAUUCCAGGGCAAGUAUGCCUGUUUGAUUUGGUUGAGGAAGGUGGGCCAGUACUCGAGGAUCUCGCUGCAGCGUAUGAUCAUGGUCAAGCUGAACCUUCGACCCACGAUACUUCGGAGAGGUCAGCACAUGAUGAAUCAGCCAAGGACUCAACGCUGAUGACCGAACCAGCGCUCGAUUUUCCUGCUCCGGAUUGGGCCACAACUGAACCAUUGACGAUCAACAAAUCCAUCUUCGUUGGUCGGGCCGUUCGCGUGUCAUCUCUGCUCGAUGUUGAGAACGCUGUGAGUCACUUUCUUGCGACCAACAAGAAGGUUGCUGGAGCCACACAUAACAUCAAGGCUUGGAGAAUCAAGGACAAUGCAUCUUCGCCUACUAGCAAUCUAAUUCAGGACUACGACGAUGACGGUGAGACUGCAGCGGGCUCCAGGAUGUUGCAUCUGAUGCAGCUCAUGGACGCCUACGGUCUCGUCGUCGUCACGAGAUGGUACGGCGGCGUGCAAUUGGGCCCGGAUCGAUUUCGAGCCAUCAAUAAUGUUGCCCGGGACGCCCUGAACCUAGGAGGCUUGGUUCCUCCGGAGAAGACGAAGACAAAGAAGUGA